GAGAAGGUUUUUGGCGCUGACCCACAUGUCAUCGAGCAAGACCACAUCCGCAGGGCCUUCUCCUGGCCUGAGCAGCUCCCCUUCCCUCUCCGGCAACAAUUACCGCAAACCACCGCCCCCUCUCCGGCGGCAACCACAGCGGCGCCAUAGCCAGUCCGAACGCCAAUGUCCACCGCUGCCUCUGCGCUCCGGCCGGCGCCGCGGUGGGGUGCGCCGUCGCAGCGCCGGCUCGUUGAGCAGCACCUGGCGUCACUGCCCCACGGCCUCCAGCGCCUCCGCCACGUGCAGGAGCUCCACGCGCAGCUCCUCAAGCACGGUAUCCACCUCGACCCGCUCACCGCCUCCAAGCUUAUCUCCUCAUACGCGCUCCAGCGCCGCCUCCCGGCAUCCCGCCUCGUCUUCGCCUCCUUCCCCAAUCGUCACGCCACCACCUUCCUCCCGAACACCCUUCUCCGCGCCUACGCGCUGAAUGCCCUGCCCCACGCCGCGGUCUCUGUCUUCUCCGCCAUGCCCCAGCGGGACAGCUUCACCUACUCCUUCCUCAUCAAGGCGCUCUCCUCCGCGGGCUUGAACCCCCUCAGAGCGGUGCACUCCCACGUCGUUAAACUCGGGUCCAUCGAGGACACCUAUGUCGGGAACGCGCUGAUCGACGCCUACUCCAAGAACGGCGGGUUUUUGGACGCCAGCAAGGUGUUCGAGGAAAUGCCUAGACGGGAUACUGUAUCCUGGAACUCGGCCAUGGCUGCGAUGGUGCGACAGGGGGAGCUGGCAAGUGCGAGGAGGAUGUUUGACGAGAUGCCGGAGAAGGAUACGGUAAGCUGGAACACCGUGCUGGACGGGUACACCAAGGCUGGGAAGAUGGAGGAGGCGUUCGAGCUGUUUCAGUGCAUGCCAGAGAGGAAUGUGGUGUCGUGGUCGACGGUGGUGUCUGGUUACUGUAAGAAGGGUGACAUGGAGAUGGCUCGAGUGAUCUUUGAUAAGAUGCCAACCAAGAACUUGGUAACGUGGACGAUAAUGGUCUCGGCAUGUGCCCAGAAUGGGCUUGUUGAGGAGGCUGGACGGUUGUUUACUCAGAUGAAGGAAGCUGCUGUGGAACUUGAUGUGGCUGCGGUUGUGAGUAUCUUGGCUGCAUGUGCAGAGUCAGGCUCGCUUGCUCUUGGGAAGAGGAUUCACCGGUACGUGCGGACAAGGCAACUGGGGAGGUCGACCCAUGUGUGCAAUGCAAUGAUUGACAUGUUUUGCAAGUGUGGAUGCGUAAACCGGGCUGAUUAUGUCUUUGACACUGAAAUAGCUGAGAAGGAUUCAGUGUCAUGGAACACCAUAAUUGGGGGAUUUGCGAUGCAUGGGCAUGGAGACAAGGCGCUGGACUUCUUUGCCCAAAUGAAGCUACAAGGGUUCCGUCCUGAUGCUGUGACAAUGAUCAACGUUCUUAGUGCAUGCACACACAUGGGGUUUGUGGAAGAGGGACGCCGGUAUUUCUCCAAUAUGGAGAGGGACUAUGGCAUUGUGCCACAGAUAGAGCAUUAUGGCUGCAUGAUUGACCUUCUUGGUCGUGGAGGGCUCAUCGAGGAGGCUGUUGACCUGAUAAAAAGCAUGCCUUGGGACCCUAAUGAGGUAAUAUGGGGGUCCCUUCUCAGUGCAUGCCGACUGCACAAGAACGUGGAGUAUGCAGAAAUUGCAGUGAACGAGCUCAGUAAGCUGCAGCCCUCCAAUGCAGGGAACUAUGCUGUCCUUUCAAACAUCUAUGCAGAGGCUGGGCAGUGGAGUGACAUGGCAAAGGCAAGGAUGCAAAUGAAAGGAACCGGGUCUCAGAAGUCAGCAGGAUCAAGUUGGAUUGAACUUGAUGAGGCAUUCCAUGAGUUCACGGUGGGGGACAGAAAACACUCAGACUCGGACCAGAUAUCCGAGAUGGUUGAUAGGCUGAGUUCACAUGUUAAGGAUGUUGGCUGCCUUCCAACAGCUCAUGAGCUGCUUGUGCAGUGAGUCCUUUGCCAAGGGUGUGCUAAAUUGCUCAUGUUGCAGUCACAAAUGUGAAAUGCUUUCGUGAGGUGUUAGCAUUGCACGGUGCAAUCUAUGUAAGCAAGCACCGGCUCCAGUGAAUCCUGCAAUCAAGAAGAUGCUGUGACGUGGUACAGAAUUACCCACGAUGGACUGUAAACCCAGACAUGUGUUCAAGCAUUUCUCAGCAUGUGCUCUUCUGCCAUCAGGUUUGCUCUGUCGAAAACUGCAACUAUGUUAAGACGAAAGCUGGUGAUGGGAUGGACUGACAAAACACUACCUAUACAGUGCUAGGUUAAUUGAAUAGUUCAUAGGUUAGUACUUCUAGUGUUUCACUCAACUGGUUAAUUGAAACCAAAACAAGCCAUGAGGUAGGGUCUUCUAAAAUAUAAGGAAGUGAGAAGACCUCACAUUAAAAAAGUAAGAAGUGAUUUCUGUAGUUACAUUGUAGCAGUAAGUGGUUAUGUUGGAAAAGUAGAAUAGUUGAGUGUUUUACAGUCGUUCAUCCCAUUUUUUGCAUGUAUCACUUUCAUAAGAAUGUUUUAGUGAGAAAAGCAUACAAUCUCCGUAAUAUUCUGAUUCGGGUAUUAAGCUUGUAUCUCCUACAAAACCGUAUAAAUCAUUCAUUUGUACUUACUUUUUAAGUUUGUAUUUCACACUUCUUAGAUAUGUUAGUGUCAUGCUAUGUUAUGAGGUUUAUUUUUUGUCUAUUAUCUUGUUUCUCUGUCUUCUGUUUCAACUUAUAACUCACUGCUAAGACUGAAGAAUCCUGAUUUAGGUUGCUGUGAUGCUUAUGAUAAAUAUUCAGCCUGAUAUUUUUUUGGUAUGCAUCUGGGUCAUACCUGAAUAUUUAAGUUAUCAAGAGGAAUGUUUGGAACUUCAAUAAUUGGUUCACCAAGGUAGUGAGAAAGAUAUAAUUGUGUGCGAAAUAAGUUUCCGCAUAAUCAGUAUUGAAGUUUUUUUAAAGAGAUUUCGCCAAAUUUUAUAUGGAGGUAACAUGUAAAUGUAAUCUCCCUACAAAAAUCAAGGUAGAGAAUUGACUUGCCUUCUCCUUUUUUUCUCAGUAAGGCACCCGGAAAUCAAAUGUAUCUUUUUUUAGAGAGACCAUGCUGAUGCUGGGUGACACACCCUGAAGCACAUCCUACCAAGCCACAAACAUAUAGCAAGUCAUAUCACCCUGUAAUGGUCAAAUUAUCUAGCAAAUGCACCAAAGUACACCAGCUAAAAAUCAAAGACAACUGAGAUCAUAGUACACAACACAAAUCAUAAUGCACAAUAAGGCCCUGUUUGGAACGAAGGAAAAACAUAGGAAUUUUGGAGGAUAUGAUUCCUGUAGGAAAUAUUUCUUUGGUACCGUUUGGAACAAAGGAAAAGCUAUCCCUACAAUUCUUUGAAAUUCCUAUGGAUUGGGCUAUUUCAUAGAAAUUUUUGGAGGACCUCAUGUUUUCUUCUCCUUGUGUCUAGAUUCCUGUGAAUUUCCUGCAUGACAUCCAAACGAGAGUUUUGGAGUUUUCCUGUAGGAAUCCAGGAUACGUGGCAUCCAGGAUUCUCCAGUUUAGGUAUAGUUUUCAGACGCAACUGGCUGCACUUUCUCGUUAUUUUUUCAUAGAUUUUGGGUGUUUCUAAUAAAUUCUAUGGGCUGCAAACACCUCAACGGUGCUCCAAACACUAAGUUACCAACAUACACUUUCUGGUAAAAAAUACUCCCUCUAUAAACUAAUAUAAGAGUGUUUAGAUAACUAAAAUAGUAAUCUAACGCUCUUAUAUUAGUUUACGGAGGGAGUGUCAUUUAGCAAAGAUCUUUCGAUAGAAGGUGGGUGGCGCGGUUCACCACCUAUGAUGUUUGGGUGGCCCAUCCCUACUCCUUCCGUAGCGGUUUGGUCUCUUUCACUUGCAUGGUCAGUGCUAAUGACGGCAAGGUGGUGCAAUGCCUUCGGGGUUUCGAUGGUGUGUUGGUGUGUGUGGUGGUGUUUGUCUCCCAUUCCGCCAACUUGGCGACUGGUGGGGGACUUUGUGCCCUUUGUAUCUGGUUCUUGCUUGGUUUCCUUUAAUUAACUGGGCAACUCUCUUCAUCUUUAUGAAAUAAAGUAAACCCCUACCCCUCUUGAGGUGUUAUUAAAAGAGACUCUAAGUGCAUCGGGCUAAAUGACAAGAAAGUAUGACUAAAGAGAGCAAAGCUUUUAGGUCAUUCUUUAUCUUUAGUUGGCUCAGAACAGCCAACAAAAACCAGUUUUAAGUUGUCAUCGACAUUGGAGUCUUCACUGCAUCGUACUGUACAUAAUAGUCUCAGUUUGCUUGAGAUGUUCUUUGAAGUGUAAUAGACCAUACUAAGUUUUAGUCUGGGUGUUCGAUCUUUCGCUUUCCACACCUCGCCUAGUUCCUGCCUUUGAGUCUUGUAACAGUACUCUUUAUAUAUAUAAGGAUUUUGAUUGACUGACAGAACAAGCCAGCUCAGAAUCUUUGCUACGUUUGCAAGAGACGAUCAUGAAAUGAUGAACCUAUUUUCCAGUGCUUCUUGUUUCUUCUUAACAUGCCUGAAAAAGGAGACAUAAAUAGGAAUAUUUUUGUUGGAGUACUAUAUAUAUAUAGUUGUGUAGCCUUUUGUAUUUCCCCAUUGUAUAAAGGGCUUUCUGCACAUUUUCUGCACUUGUACAUGGCCUAUGACCCCAUUGAAACACAAGCUGCAUCUGUACAGUUUCUAAGCUCCCAGGAUUGCAGCGUUGUGGUUGAUUGAGGCUUUUAGCCGCUUCGUGGCCCCACCUGUAACUGUAAGUGUAUAUGCGCUUUAGUCGGUUUGACCGCACGUCGGUUCUCUUCCCUUUCCAACCUAUCUGCUAGCCCCUUCCCUGAAUCCCGAUCCCCUUCCGCGUCCCCCUUCCACCGUGUCGCCGCCUCCGCCACCGCGCCUACCUCCUCUUCGAUGUUGCGCCACACCCAGUUCCCCGUCCACCUUCGCUCCUCCCCGCGCCCUCUCCUCUGCUCCUUUGUGCCGGUCGCUGAGACUUGCCUCUACCGGUCUAUGGUGCUGGCGCUGGGGAUCCGUUCCGCGCGGCGCUUGUUCGCCUCGGCUCAGCGUUCGCAAAUGAUUCUUCCUUAACCUCAUCUGCAGCGCCACUAACCCACUGCCGCGCCACCCGGCUCAUCUCUCGUUGUCCACGGCGAGGCAAUGGCCGGCGGCAGCGACGCUAGGGGCAUGUAGAGCAGGCGGUGCGGGAAGUUUCCACGGCCCUAGCCCAGCAGUAUGGUGGCGACGAGGGAGUUCGAACUGGCGAUGUGCUUGUCGCGAAGUGGGAAGGUCAUCAAUUCCAAAGCAUUGAUGCGCUCGAUCUGGUGGCUCUGUGCCUCAGCUGCACACCAACCCAACGACCACUAUGGCGAGCUUGGAACCCCUCCCUGCUUUAGGCUACAUAAUUAUCUUCCUAAUUUGCUCAAAGGUAUAUGUAUUGUGGCCCUCAGAAGCAGUUCUAACAUUCUUAGUGUUAUGCUGUGAAUGGCAUAAUGAAUAACUCAAAAUGCAGGUCAUUAUUUUACAAUCAUUACUAUUAUAAUCUCCAUCUUCAUGAGUGAUAUGUUGCAUAUCCGCUAAUAAAAGGUUGUUCCUCUAUUGUUUCUGGGUUACCUAGCUAUUUUUCAGUUUUGCAUUCCUUUAUGUAUGAAUUGUACUAUACAGGAAGCAUCAGAUCAAUUCCCCCCCUCCAUCUUAGAAUGUCUCAAGUCUCAUGCCAAGAAUGGCAACUGCAGAGUAAGAGUUGUAGUACACACAGUGCCCAUGAUACCAGUGGAUGCAGCCUGUGAGCUGUGCUCUGCCCUGAUGCUUAGGGUAAACUAAUCAAUUUUUCUGAAAUUGUACCUCAUGUUAUCCAUGUUCAGUUUGGACGUUCUUUGCUAAUUAAGAUGAUUUCUUCCUGUUAUGUUUCGUAACAUUUUCUCAAUGUGGUUUUAACGAUCAUUGGGGUUCUAACUGAGACAAAAGUUCAGGUGAGAACUUCAGAAUAAUCCCAAGUUCAGGUAAGCACUCCGGGAGUUCGCCCACAUCCAAAUGGUAUGUGCAAAACCUCUUAUUCGCACUGCUCAUGGAGUUAUAGAUAGCAUCCACAUCAUGAGAUUUUGUAACAACGUUCUAAAAUUUGCAGUGAAUGACAUAGGAAAUUAAGAUAUGGCAUGCAGUUGAGAUUAUAAGAGUUUGUCACACUAAACAAAUUUAUCUAAUGCUUAGUGAAUUUCCCAUGUAUUGAUUUUGUGUGACCUGCAACUGUUAGAACUGUUAUCAGCUUUGGUCUGGAUUACCAUAUACACAUAACAAAUCUGAACUGGUAACAAUUUAUGUUUCUAGGUUGCAGCACCUUACUACUUUGUGUAGAAUCAAAUUACUCUUUGUAGCUACCGAGUCCCAUUCUUGAUGGUGAAAUUCUUCACUGUCCUUUUUAGUCUGCUUCAGAUGUCAGGAUAGAUGUACCAUUUGGAAGUGGCAGAAACCAAGUCGCUCCUGACAUCAUAAUUUUGUUGGAACGUCAAAUUGUUCUGACGACCCAUAAAAUAUAUUUCUGCCAAUAUUAUGUCGUGCUGUGAUAUGGGACUUCUCACCUGAACUUUUGUCACAGUUAUUCUAAAGAGAACACAAUUUUUUUUUGGCCCUUAUCUAAAGAUUAAGUCAGUUACUUCCAGACUUCCAGUUAUGUGUAGGUAUAAAAGCAAAGAGUUUCUUGUAUCCAUAAGAUAUUAUUAAUUGUAUUAGUAGCACACUCUUGAGCUUUCAAAUGCUUGGAUGACGGUAGUAAUAUUUUUCUUUAUUGCAGGAUGGUUGAGAUUCUUUUCAAUGUACCAUGCUUCUCAUUUAGUCCUGAACUGCUUAAAUACCUAGUAUAUUCAUUUUUUGAGAAAGUACAAAGUAGUGUGCAAGAUAUUUUGGUGAAACCCAUAAUCAGGUUGUUUGUUUACUUGUUGUCCAUCUAGGUCAUAGGUGCGUAUAAGAAUUAUUGGUAUAUCUAUGUAGAAGAAGAGAGCCUACUGUAUAUGCACAGGGCGUAUCAUAUCUUUUAAUGUGAACAAGCUACAGUAAAUGCAAUGUUGUAAAUUCAAGAUUUUCUUCAAAGUGAUCCUUUUGCUUUUAUUGGAGUUUCUCAUUGCUUCCAAUUUUUAGUGUAAUCAGUUCUCCCUUUAAGGUCGUGAAUUUGUUCCAUCUCCAGAUAUGUAUGCUUCCUUAUUUUAUAUUUACAUAUAUGCCAGUGAAGUUGUCUGUGGACUUCUCUUUGCAAUUAGAAAACAUUGUCUUCUUAGUUUGUCGCAGUGAACACAACAAGUUAUUUAGGCCAAAUUAUACUUUAUUUUGGAAGUCAAUAAGCCAAGAUUUCAACUUUUCUUCUGUUUUCAAAGCUUUAGCAUCGGAAUACGUUCUGAAUCGGCACCGUUGAUAUGUGCUUAAAUUGUUUGCUUGCUUCUUGCAGGUGCAUACUCUAUCAGAUGUCGGUACCACUUACCAUGUUGUAAAUCGCGAACCAACGGAAUUGGACUUGAGCUGAAUGAUUUUCUUCAUUUUUAUUGCGAGCAGAUUCUUUUUCCUACUAUUAGGACUAUGCACUUUUAUAGUCAUUUGUCUCCUCUUGCUGUCAUAAAGUUACAGCAGUCUAGAGAUACUUAAAAGUUUGUUGUCCUUUAGGCCUAUGAUGAUGAUGAUUGAUGAGCCAUGCUGAUCAUAGGAAUACCUUCAUAUUUUAAGAGCUCGAUUUUUUUUAUAAGUAUAGAUACUUGUGGGCAUGAAAAAUGAUGGUCUGCAUGUAUAUUUGAUGGUUUAAUCUCCUUCUCGCAUUGUGA